AUGGCUUUGGUUUGGGAAGCUCUAACUCUCCAAGAGAUUCGCCGUGAGUGUCAAAGCCGUGAUGUUUGCUUCACGGGACUGCGGAGCCGAAACGAAGCAGAACAGCGACAGGAGCUUACUGAGCGCCUAUUCACCAGUGUGUGUCACAGCGCCUGGGAGACGCAGGGGAUUCCUGUGAAGCGCUUGGGUGGUGGACAGGCAGCGGCCAAGGUGGUGGAGAGGAUCGCUCGGCUGAGUGAGUUGACGCUGGAGGAUCUGCGAGUGGAGUUCCAAGCGCUGAAGAUUCCUGCGGAGGCCGGAGAACCGGCCAAGAAGCGCGAGCUGCUGAAGGUCCUCGAAAAGGUGGCCAUGUGGCAGGAGAUGCCAUUGAAGGAGUUGCAGAAGGACUGCCGUGAGAUGGAGGUCUCAACGAGUAGCCUCUCGGGCGUUCGCCUGAGCGAUGCUGAGCAGCGGAAGGAGUUGAUCCAACGAUGCUGCCUGGGGUUGUUCUUGCUGAACUGGGCCUCUCAGGGUGUUCCGGUGAAACGUUUGGAAUGCAUGCAGGCAGCCCUGCAGGUGGUCAAGCGUGUGCAGGCACUGGACGCCAUGUCUGAAGCAGUGCUAAGGAGUGAAUAUGCCAAGUUGGUGCCACUGCCAUCAGAGGCUGGCAAGGAGCGUACCAUGAAGGAAGUGCUGCAACGGUUGAAGGAGGCGAAAUGCAGCUUUUGGGGGAUGCCAGGAUGGCUCCUUUUAGGGGCCAUCACCUGGCAGAUUGGCAAGACCUUUGUGGCACCGCCCGUGGCCCCCAACCAGCAGGUGCGUGGAGGCCGGCCAGCGCUUCAAGCUGAACCGCCCCAGCAGCGCAUCAGCCCAACGGAUCGACAGACCUUGGCCAAUCUGUUGGCUCCCCCCGAUCAGUUGUUCGAGGAGACCGAGGACGGCAUGAUUUUGCGGGAGAAGUAUCCCGGCGGCCGUCAGCCCACGUCCGUCUUCUGGGCCAUCGUGCAGCCAUUGGUGUCCCUGGGUUUCCUGGUGGUUGGCCUCUCUGCCUAUUUCGGUGAGCCUAUUGUGGAUUGGAACCCUCUCACGGCGGAGUACCUGGGCUUUCUGCGCCCCUCUGACGGCAUCAACUUUUUGCCGCAGGGAGCCUUCAUGUGCUUCUAUGGCUUCUUCGGCUUCUUCAUUUUUGGACCCAUCCAGUGGUACAUCAAUAUCUUCAACAUCGGCCAGGGUGUUUGUGAGUUCAACAAGAACGAUGGCAUGAUGUACAUCGUGAGGAACAACGAGAUGAUCCGCGAGGUGCCGCUGGAAGACUUCCAAGCGGUGAAGUUUGAGUGGACCAACUUGGCUGUGUUGGGUGCGCGAGAUGUCUACCUCAUCACACAGGAAGGACAGGAGAUUCACUUCAUGGACGAUCCUGAAGUGUAUAGCAAGUUUGUGCUGGAGAAGCGUGCUGCCAGAUUAUCCGAGUUCCUGAAUGUGGAGCUUAUUGUUGAUGACGCAUGA